UAUUCACCAAUGGCACCCACGGUCCAGGCCCCUCUAUUGUCGUUCAUAUCAGACCAGUCGCUGGCUCUGUUGCUGCCCGUGAUCGUCUACUGGGUUUACUCCCUGCUCUUCCACUGGAUCUCACUUCAAGAGUUCGCCUGGUUCGAAAAGUAUCGCAUCCACGACAAAGAGGAAGAGACCCGAAACAGAGUCUCACUACCCGAUGUCAUCAAAGCCGUCAUCGUCCAGCAGGUCUUGCAGACCGCUCUUGGCUUCAUUGUUGUCGUUGCAGACGAUUCAGAAAUGAUCUUUGAUGACGAGCUCAGCCUGGCAAAAUACCAGAUGUGGAUCAGCUACGCCCUUUCACUCGCAGGACUCCAGCCGUAUGUCUCCCAGGCAGCGGUUGCAAACAUGGCAUAUGUGGGCUACUACUAUCUUGAGUCGAUGGUCCGCUUCUUUGUCGCCAUGUCGUUCUUGGACACGUGGCAAUACUUCCUCCACCGUCUCUUCCACAACGUGCCAUAUCUCUACAAGCAUUUCCACUCGCGUCACCAUCGCCUCUACGUGACCUACUCAUUUGGCGCGCUCUACAACCAUCCCUUUGAAGGUUUCCUGAUGGACAGUGUCGGUGCCAGCUUGGCCUUCCUGUUCAGCGGUAUGGGCAACCGCGGUGCUCUUGCUUUCUUCUCCUUCUCGACCCUGAAGACUGUGGACGAUCACUGCGGAUACAACCUGCCCUUCAACCCUCUGCAGCGCCUCUUCUGGAACAAUGCUGACUACCAUGAUAUUCACCAUCAGAACUUUGGUAUCAAGAGCAACUUCUCGCAGCCCUUUGGCACUAUCUGGGACCACCUCUUGGGCACUCACAUGUCGCGCGAGGAGGCCAACAAGAUCAUCAAGAUGAAGGAGGAGCGCAAGGCUGCCCGUCUGGCUGGUCUCAGCAACGUUGUUAUGGCAUCUUCGACCCCUGUGGCCAUUGGAUCUUCGCCCAAUGCCAAGUCAACUUCAAAUACGUACAGCAACAAGGACGAGGACGUGCAUAGCAGCGGCAACAACAGCGGCAACGACAGCCAUGAAGAGACCGAAGAGGAGGAGAAGAAAUCCCAGGGACCAUUUGGCUCGAGCGCAGUCGAACUACCUGGUUACCGUGAACUCCUAAAAACGCGCGCUCGUGUCGACAAUGGCUUUGUCUCUGGAAAGGGACAGGGCAAGGCACUUUAA